CUCGAUCACCGUGAGUGCCGUGAAGAAAUAUCACGUGAAUAUCACGUGGACAACGUCUGCCUACCAAGCAAAUAACAACAGUCCAGUUAACAAAGUUAUCGUCGAAUACAAAACAUUGUAUGAAACUGGUGUUUGGUAUACUUCACGGGAUGUCGUGCAAAAGGGCGAAAAUAGAGCUGAGGUCAAGAUAUCUCCUUGGGCUUUCUAUACAUUUCGAGUAAUACUUGUGAAUGCUAUUGGGCAAAGUAAACCUAGUCCAGAAAGCAGAUUGAUCCAGAGUCCUGCUGCAGGUCAGUGGGUUAUUUUUUGGGAUAAUUUAAGGUGGCUCCCCAGUGCUUAGUGUCUUAUACCAUGGCAAAUUAAUAUAGCUUCUACAAUCCAAAUUAUUAUACAUUUAGUAGGCUUCGGUGGCCAAGUGGUUAGCGCACUUGCCUUUCACCUCUGAGGCUGCAGGGUUCGAGUCUCACUAAGUACCUUCUCAAUGCGACUCGAACCCAGUCCCCAUGUGAAAAGAGUAAAUGUCAACGCUCUGCCGAAAGCCGUGGGUUUUCCCCGGGUACUCCGGUUUCCUCCCACAGGGAAAGUUGACAGGGUGGGUUAGGUAAAAAGGGCCCACAGUAAUUGGCAUAUGCUGUUGUGGUGACCCUGCCCUAGUUGGCAAAGCUAAAUAAAUAAUAAUAAAAAAGUAUGUAUUCUCUUUCCUGAUUGGUCAGAGAGCAUUGGAUAAUUCUCAAUAUUCGAUACUUAUUACGUAAUUUCAGCUGCUGACGUGCUCAGCGUCCAAUAACAGUUUUUUUGGAUCAAACUUGCAGCCCAAAAAAUAUUGGCACUCUCGUGCCCAAGCCCCGGCGCGUCCAACAACUCAAACCCAAAAAGCGCGCGAAAAUAAAAUAAAUAUACUUGAAACAUUAAAAUUAAUAAACUUUGUUUAAUUGUUUUAUACGUUUCUGAUGUCUUUCAAUGUAUAAUUAUACAAUUAUUGGAUUUGGCAUUUGCGCGCAUUACAUCAGUCAAGAUUUAUUCAGACCUCGGUCAAUGUUAUCCGCCUCAGCUUCGCUUCGGCAGAUAACAUUGACCUCGGUCUGAAUAAUUCUUGAUGUCAUGCUCAGCCUCAUCCAAUAAUUGUUUAAUAAUUGCAUAUAAUUUUAAUCAAAUUUUAGUGAAAGUAAUAUAGCCUCGCUAAACCACUAUGAAAUCUAUGAAUAUUGUCAGUCUGUUUUAGGAAACAUUUCAAGCAUUACACGGUGAAAUAUGCGUCACAAAUUUCGAUUCAAUCAUCGAUAGUUUUUGAGACCCCAAUUUCUUAACUAGGCAUGCGAGCGUUGUUCGUGCAAGGUGCAUUAUUUAAAAGGAAAAUUAAGAAAACACUUUAACACAUUUACAUAUAAAUUUUCUACACAAAGUCCCUACAGUGAGAUUUUUCUGGUGCCAAUCUGCAGGUACUGGUUAAUUAAAUAGAGAAUAAUACAUGGGUGCGCGGAAAUACAAAAUAUAAUAAAAAGGAUUAAACUUUGCACUAAGCUUCGUCUCUACAAGCUAAACAUUUUUAUUGCUUUUAAUAGUGCCUGACAAAGCUCCAUCAAAUAUCACAGGACAGGGACCAAGUCCAACAGAGCUGACGAUAUCUUGGCAGGUAAAACUGGAAGAGCUAUUCCGUGUGAAUAAAUUAGUUUCGUUUAGGUUUCCUUCUUUAGUAACACUGGAUCAAUAAGAGAUGAUCCUUCCGGGACCUCUAGAAAAAACAGUCAAGAAGUGGUAGAGUUAUCCAGUAUAAAUAAAGUUAGUUUAGUUUAGGUUUCCUUCUGUAGUAACAUUGGAUCAAUAAGAGAUGAUCCUUACUGGACCUCUAGGAAGACCAGUUUAAACCUGAUAGAGUUAUCUAGUAUAAAUAAAGUUAGUUUAAUUUAGGUUUCCUCCUGUAGUAACACAGGAUCAAUACGAGAUGACCCUUACUGGACCUCUAUGGGGAACAGUUUAGAAGUGAUAAAGCUAUCCAGUAUAAAUAAAGUUAGUUUAGUUUAGGUUUCCUUCUGUAGUAACACAAGAUCAAUAAGAGAUGAUUCUUACUGGACCUCUAGGAAGAACAGUUUAGAACUGAUAGUGCCAUCCAGUAUAAAUAAAGUUAGUUUAGUUUACGUUUCCUCCUGUAGUAACACAGGAUCUAUAAGAGAUAACUCUUACUGGACCUCUAGGGAGAACAGUUUAGACGUGAUAGAGCUAUCCAGUAGUAUAAAUAAAGUUAGUUUAGUUUAGGUUUCCUCCUGUAGUAACACAGGAUCAAUACGAGAUGACCCUUACUGGACCUCUAUGGAGAACAGUUUAGAAGUGAUAAAGCUAUCCAGUAUAAAUAAAGUUAGUUUAGUUUAGAUUUCCUCCUGUAGUAACACAAGAUCAAUAACAGAUGACUCUUACUGGACCUCUACGGAAAACAGUUUAGAACUGAUAGUGGUAGAGCUAUCCAUUAUAAAUAAAGUUAGCAUAGUUAAUGUUCUCUCCUGCAGGAACACUGGUUAGCAAGAGAUGACCUAACUAGAACGGCUAGAGAAAAUGGCCGAAAAACUAGUUUCAUGUUUAUUUAUUAUCGAACAAAACUAUAAACUGCGAAUAUUUAUUUCAGCCUCUGAAACCAAUCGAACAAAAUGGACCCAGUUUACAUUAUGCUGUCUUCUUUCGCCGGGUGAAAGACCCAUCCCCUAUGACCCGCGUUCAGGUGGAUGCGGAGACCUCAAAGAAUAAACUAGAGUACACGGUGGCCGACACAGAAUUUUACGAGCAAUUCGAGUUUCAAGUGCAAGCCAUCAACGCACUCGGUCCAGGCCCCAAAAGUGCGGUCGUCUAUGGAUACUCUGGAGAAAAAUGUAAGUCUGGUAAAAUAGAAUGAUCUUCAAUUUAUAAUACUUCUAACAUAGCGAAUCGAGACACAAACCGUGGCUAUAAGGUAUUUCAUGCUUGGGAAAGGAAUUUCUUGCUUCCCUAAGCAAGAAAUUCCUUUCUCAAGCAUGAAAACCUUAUAUGUGGACAAUUAGAAAGUAUUUUUAAAGUGUCUAUCUCUAAUGACGUAAACAAACCAAUACAAAGCGCCUGGGUACGAGGCUGUCUAUCUCAUGAUUUGGGAUUUUACAUAUUUUUUAUCUUUGGUGCAUUUUAUGAAGAAAUGCAAUAUAUCUUUAUAAGAAAAUAUACCGCCUUCAUAGGAUUAUCACUUAUUUAUCAGGGGACCGGAUAGUGAUUUUUUAAACCUUUCUAAAAUGCUUGAAAAACUGUGAAACUACGGAUAUAAACAUCACAAGAAGUAUAAAAAACAUUUAACUUAUAAAUACUAAACUUUAAUACGAGUUGUACCAAUCAACAACUGAUUAACAAAGUACGUGUACUCCUGACCGCGUAGCUCAGUUGGCAGAGCAUUGGGCUAGUAGUCCAAAGGUCGUAGGUUCGAAUCCCACCGUGGCCAGGCAUAUUUUUCAAGCUUUCCCGGUGGGAAUAUACACUCAGAGUAACACCACAAACAUGAUUAACAAAGCUUGAAAAAAUCAUUAUCCGGUGGAUAGCGCUAUCCAGCCUUCGUACAACCGGCCUCAGGCCUCAAAAUUAAGUUACCGGACAUGACAUCAAAUCUGGAAUUUUAUACGCUAGAAACAAACGAAAUCUAAUUUGCAAUUCCCGGUUUGAUGUCAUAUCUGGUAACUUCGAGGCUUGAUAAUCCUGUGAAGAUGGAAUAUUUACUUUUAAAGACAUAUUGCAUUUCUUCAUAAAGUAUACCAAUGAUUACAAAUAAUAAAUUAUACAAAACAUGACAUAGGCACUUUAAAUCCCAGGAGCAUACUAAGUUGUACAGCCGCUGAAAUGGUAAUUAGCAGUGGCUGUUGUGCAAAUUAUAGGGUUGCAGUUUUUUUGAGAAAUCCUGCAUGACUAUACAUAGGUAGUAUGAAACUAUCUUCCAUAAACUGCUAUACUUCGUAUACUUCGCCAGUACGACUCUCCAAAAUAAUGCUCUUUCUAGCUGUGGUGACUUAUCUGCAUCUCCUCGCCUACACUCGUAAAAAUCUCACAUCUUGUAACAAGUCUGCCAACAAGCCGUCAACAAGAUGUAUUCGCACCGCUUGUCACAAGUUGUCAACAGGUUUGGAACAACUUGUUGACAAAUUGUAACAACCUUGUCGAAAUUAUCAGACUUGUUGCAAGAUUGUUCUGAUAAGCCCGUUACAUGCUUGAUAUAACAAGAUUGUUACAACCUUGUGUUGACAGCCUUGUAAAAUUCUUGUCAUAUCAUGACUGUAUCAGACUUGUUAGAAAAACCUUGUGACAAGACUCAAAGUCUGAUAAUGCCAUCAAGCUUGUCACAAGUUGUUAACAGCUUGUUCCAAACUUGCUACAACAACUGGGAACAAGCAGUGCGAACACAACUUGUUGACAGCUUGUGAACAGAUUUGUAACAACUUGUUUGCAGACCUGUAACAACUUGUCCGUUUUUACGUGUGUAGUUAGUAGAAAUUAGUCUAUAAUGGGAAUUGUCUACUGUUUUCGUAAUUAUUCGUUAGCUCCAGUUGGUGAACCGCAAGACCUGCGUGUCCAAAUUCUCAACAGUCGCUCAGCCAGGGCAACGUGGACUGGCAUCACGAAAGAUCGACGGGCAAGCCGUGGAAAAUUACUAGGAUAUAAGGUAACUGAAGCGACGAUCCUUACUGGACCUCUAGGGAGAAAAGUUUGGAACUGAUGGAGCUGUCCAAUAUAAAUAAUGUUAAGAGAUAACUUUUACCUAACCUCCAGGGAAAACAGUUUAGAACUAAUUGAGCUAUCCAGUAUAAAUAAAGUUAGUUUAGUUUAGGUUUCCUCCUGUAGUAAUACUGGAUCAAUAAGAGAUGAGCCUUACUGGACCACUAGAGAGAACAGUUUAGAACUGAUAGAGUUAUCCAAUCUAAACAAAAUGAGUUGAACAUUCGUAUUAUAUUUCCAGGUGUACUUUUGGUCAACCCAGCAUGGUAUGCGUCCAACAGACGCUCAUUAUGAACCAACGGACGAGACAGUCACCAUGUUAGGUCUCGAUUCAUUCACGACGUAUUUCUUCCAAGUUGUUGCCUACAACAGCAAGGGUGACGGUCCGGGAAGUAAUGUGGUUGGGCCACUCUCAACUCCAGAGUCAGGUUAGGAUUAGUAAUUGGGGGGCGGCAACUAUCCACCUCUCCAGUAAUUUUUGAAAACCUUUUCAACGAUAGCCGAAUAACUGUGUCACAAAGCUGUUAGUAACAAGUGUUCAAAACCUAAAAUCGUUUUGGCAUUGCUCUCAGAAUUACUUUGUGUUAGUAUUUUGUACACAGUUAGCAAACUUUUUAAAUGUAUCUGGCGGUUGAGAAACACAAAUUAAUAGUAAACUAUUGCCAAUUUUAAUACGACUAUCAGUGUUAUCAUUGAUGCUGCAAAAUUGACGCGUAUUUAUACAGCAAUAGAUAGAUAGAUUGUAUAAGCAAAUAUUUCUGAACUUCGGACAUCAUUCUCUCUUUGGCCUACCAUCUAAAUUAAUCUUUUCAUUUUAGCAUAAUCUUACAGAUAAAGCACUAAACAUACGUUUUAAGUUUGUUUGCCGCUUGGGAAACGUAUCAAAAAUAAAGAAAUUGAAUAUAGUCAUAACCAACUGAAAAGUGUAUUAAUUAGUUUUCAGUGCAUGUUACGUAACAUACAAAAGAUUCUCUUUUUAAAUUAUUUAAUUUUUACCACAGCUACCAUUUUCAACUUAUUAACCUUUAAAGAAUUAGUGUCAGGGUCAUGCAUUGCGGGCUUUUGUUAUUGUUUACAUUUUACUCAAAUACAACGAAUAGCGAUAAUAAUACAUUGUUUGUUACAUUUCUGAUAAAAAUCAGACAAAAAGAGCAAGGAUUAUAAAAGGAUUGUUUAAAUAUAUGACGGAUUGUAAACACUUUCCAGAUCAUCUAAUCUAUUCGUCCCGAAAAAUGGCCGCCAGCAGGAGUUUGAGCCCGCGAAUUCCUGGUGUGACACUAAUCCUUUAACAAAUAAACAUAUUCUUCUAGUUCCCGAGGCACCGUACAGCCUAGAUAUCCACGUGAACAAACCGGAAGUGACGUUGACGUGGAAACCUCCACUGAAAACGAAUGGCAUCAUGGUCGGUUACCAAGUGACCGUGCGGAAACUUCCGGUCGGACAAAUUAACAUAAUUGACGUCGGCGAGCAGAGGCUGGAACAGGAAUUUGAGGCUUUGGAUUUGGAGGGAAGAUAUCAAUUUGCGCUUCUUGCUCGGAACAGAGUGGGCUUCGGACCACCGCUCGUUGUGAAUAUUGAUUUGAAGAUUGGUAGGUGAAUUACAAUUAUUUAUUUAGUUAACUCAUUGAAGCCUAGUUUCCAUUUGGUCGUUAGUUGUCGCUGACACGACAAGCGGUACAUGUGAAAUAGUCUAAUAUCAAUAGUCUUUUUGUGUGUUAUAUGCAAGUCAGUUUAAUGAUUGCAGAGUUUUAUAAAGUUUUGUUGACACUCUAUUACAUCAGCCACUUGUCGUGCCAGCGACAACUAACGACCAAAUGGAAACUAGGCUUAAGACUCUUUCCUUUACCAGUAAAAUCGUCAAGCAUUUUAUGGAUCGGAGUAAGAUUAUAAAAUUGGGUGCAUUUGGAUACAUGGUUACUGCCAAUUAGACGGGGGGUGUUUGCCCAAGGCUCAUAAUACAGGUGCAACUAAGGCUUAAAGGUCCGUUUACACUUGCAAUUGUUGCUGCGAUGUGUAGUGCGAUUUUCUUCUUCUGACCAAUGUGAUGGAUUGUUUGAGUUAUGAAUGCUCUGAGUAUAUGUAUAGCCUCGCCUGAAGUUGAACAUUUGUAACUCAUCCACUGGUUCACAUCUAUCAGAAGCACCUAAAUCGCGGCACAACCGCACAAAUUGAAACGGGCCGCAUGGUGAGGUUAUAAUAACAGGUUCACGUGGCGAUCAGGGAGAGUUGAUAAGAGUUGCAAUCGUCUUUGACCGCCAACUCUCAUCGAUUCUCACGCACUCUCAUCAAUUCUCAUCAACUUUGAGCUAGUACGUUCAGAUUUUGAUGAAAGGUUAAUAGAGUUUUCGCUAUGCGCAGUAAAAAAUCAUUACCAGAAAUUAACGACAAAAUGGCCACAGCUUGUAGACUAAUUUGCAUACAAUCCGUAUUCAAAAAAUUAAUACGGAAUAUAGAGGGCGAAAAUAUUUAGCUCGAGAUUAUGGCAAUCUGAGAGCUCGGCUACUGUUUGACGACUUCGUGAUGAAUAAAGCAUUCAUUUGCUAAUGUUUCGGUGGCAUAUUUAUGUGAUCGGGUAUCUCUCUAAGCAGCACAAGGUCCUCUGGUAGGAAUUGAACCUACUGCCCUGCGAUUCCGGUGCAGCGCUCUAACCAACUGUUAGAGCGCUGCACCGGAAUCGCAGGGCCGUAGGUUCAAUUCCUACCAGAGGACCUUGUGCUGCAUUUUUCGCAGUCGUUCCUGGUUAGGUCUUAAAAUGUAUAUAUUCUCACUUGGAUUACAGACCCUAACAUUCUAAUAUUAGUUGCACCAAGUGAAGUGCAAGAAUCCAAAUCAUUGCAGUCCACCUUAUCUCUCUAAGCGGCCAAAUGAUGAAUCGUUGUUAAUCUAUGCUUGGGCUUGCACUAUUAACAAGAAAGUUUAAAAACAACCAUUUUCUUCUAUAAAUUUUUAGUCAGGUAGUUACUGAAUCGGAUGCAAAACACCAAGCAAUAUUGCUCAAGAUCUAGUCGACUUUCACACUCGUGGUAUAGACUACUCCUAUAAAACUGUCGAUUGUAUCACCAAACAGCGUAAAAAUUCUCAAAACAAAAUCGCCCAGCAGCAGCUUAACCAUACGAAAAUAACUUAAAAGUGAUUUUCUUGAACACGACUUGAUCGCCAGGAGAGAUACUCAAUCGGAAUAAAUAUGUCACCGAAACUUUAGUAAAUGAAUGUUUUAUUGAGCAAGAGGUCGGCCGAACUCUCAGAUUGCAAUAAUUUCGAGUUAAAUAUUUUCACCCUGUACAGUCCCAUGAAAAAGUGAAAGCCAUUAUAUAUAUAUAUAUAUAUAUAUAUAUAUAUAUAUAUAUAUAUAUAUAUAUAUAUAUAUAUAUAUAUAUAUAUAUAUAUAUAUAUAUAUAUAUAUAUAUAUAUAUAUAUAUAUAUAUAUAUAUAUAUAGAUUACAUACAAAUUAGUAUACAAGAGUGGCCAUUUUGUCGCCAAUUUCUGGUAAUGAUCCAUUCAACACUCGUACAACUCUUGUUCUUCUUUGACCCGCGGGCACGACAGUUGUCAUUCUAACUCUCGUGUAAACUCGUGCUUGCUGACUCUAAUCAUCUCUGAUCCUUGUAUGACCAAUGGUUUUAUAUAAAAUUAUAUCCUUGCUAUGAUGAGAUGAAAUAACAAAAAUAUCCUCUUAUCUUUCUUCUUCCAGUUCCCAAGAAACCACCUGAAGACGUGUUUAUCUCCGUUGACCAAGAUAAAAAAACGGCCACCGUCAAGUGGUCGAAAGUGGAGGGAAAGAUCGUUGGAUACAGGGUAAGGCUCUGCUUAAUAAACCUUUCUAAAUUAAACGAGAACAAUUAAAGGGCGCUUUUAUUCGUCUUUCUGCAUUCGUCUUUCGUUUUCCAUGCCAUCCAGUCAUGAUACAACGAUUAGAAUGUUCCAUUGUCUUUUCAUUGUUUUGAAAAUCCCACUGUUCUCCAUGCCAUCCAGUCACGAUGCAGUGAUCAGAAUGUUCCAUUGUCUUUUCAUUGUUUUGAAAAUCCCACUGUUCUUCAUGCCAUCCAGUCACGAUCCAGUGAUCAGAAUGUUCCAUUGUCUUUUCAUUGUUUUGAAAAUCCCACUGUUCUCCAUGCCAUCCAGUCACGAUGCAGUGAUCAGAAUGUUCCAUUGUCUUUUCAUUGUUUUGAAAAUCCCACUGUUCUCCAUGCCAUCCAGUCACGAUGCAGUGAUCAGAAUGUUCCAUAAUCUUUUCAUUGUUUUGAAAAUCGCACUGUUCUCCAUGCCAUCCAGUCACGAUGCAGUGAUCAGGAUGUUCUAUUGUCUUUUCAUUGUUUUGAAAAUUCCACUGUUCUCCACGCCAUCUGGUCACGAUCCAGUGAUCGAAAUGUUCCAUUAUCUUUUCAUUGAUUUGAAAAUCCCAAUGUUCUUCAUGCCAUCCAGUCAUGAUCAGAAUGUUCCAUUGUCUUUUCAUUGUUUUGAAACCUCCACAGUUCUCCAUGCCAUCCAGUCAUGAUCCAGUGAUCGACAUGUUCCAUUAUCUUUUCAUUGUUUUGAAAAUCCCACUGUUCUUCUAUUUAAUCACUUACUGUAUUGACAUAUUUUAGCAUUUAUGUAAAGGUCUGGUAUCCAGUUCAAUAUGGUAGUAAUGCGACGCAUUAUUUUACACUUUAUUGAAGAUAUUUUACUUCUCUACAGGUCACUUAUUGGAACACUCGUGAUGGGCCUGAAAAAUCGACAAAAUUUCAAGAGGUCAACAAGAAUGGAGCGCGGAUGGUGAAGGUCGCGAAUCUGGAAGAAAAAGUUACUUAUAAUUUCCAGGUUCGAAGCUAUCAAGAGUUUGGGGACAAUCUUGUUCUUGGACCGCAAUCUAAGAUACAUUCUGUCACUAUUGGUAAGCCAAAUCUCCUAUACUAGCAGAUUCUUUUAUUAAGACUGCAGAAAGGUGGAGAAUACACACGCAAAAUGAUCAAAACGAUCAACAAGCCGUCAACAAGUUGUUUCACACUUCAUGUUCCAAGUGUCAACGAGUUUGGAACAAGCUGCUAACAGUUGUUUGUUGAUAUUAUCAGACUUGUUGCAAGGUUGUUCCAACAAGUCCGAUACAGUCAUGAUAUAACAAAUUGUUAUAACCUUGUGUGCUAAACUUGUAACAUUCUUGUUAUAUUGUGACUGUUUCAGACUUACUAAAACAACCUUGCAACAUAGUCUUUCAAAACAUAGUUUGGAAACUCCGCUGAAGUCUUUGUUCUAUCUUUUUGUUCGCGUUUAUGCAGUUUUGUGCACGGUGCACGGUCAAUGAACACAUUGUAUUUCAGUAUAAUGAACGAAUCAUCCAAUAGCAAUGUUUCAGUUCAGUUAUUCAACUAUGAUAUUUAAAUAUUAAUAAACCUUAAACAAAGGAUGUGCACGGUGUAAGGUACGGUUCAACAUAAACUCCCAGCUCAUUAUAGCCGCUUUGAAGUUUACUGAGUUUCCAGACCAUGUCUCGAAAGACUAUGCUUGCAACAAGUCUGAUAAUGCCAUCAAGCUUGUUACAAGUUGUUAAAUUGACAGCUUGUUGCAAACUUGUUCCAACAACUGAGAACAAGCAGUGCGAACACAACUUGUCGACAGCUUGUGAACAGACUUGUAACAACUUGUUUGUAGAUCUGUAACAACUUGUGCGUUUUUACGUGUGUAACUGCAUGCGUGGCACAGAUCUGUUUAAAAUCUGUUCACAAGCUGUCGACAAGUUGUGUUCGCACUGCUUGUUCCUAGUUAUUGUAACAAAUUUGGAACAAGCUGUUAACAACUUGUAACAAGCUUGAUGGCAUUAUCAGACUUGUUACAAGGUUGUUCUAACAAGUCUGAUACACUCAUGAUAAAAUAUGCUGCAAGGUUGACGACACAAGGUUGUAACAAUAUUGUUAUAUUAUGACUGUAUCGGACUUGUUGGAACAACCUUGUAACAGGUCUGCUAAUGCCAUCAAGCCAAACUUGUUGACAACUUGGGACAGCAAGCAGUGCGAACACAUUGCAACUUGUUGACGGCUUGUUGGUAGACUUGCUACAAGAUGUGAGAUUUUCUACGCGUGUAGUUAAAAAACAUGUGGUUUUUACAAAGUGAAAAGUUGAAAAAGUACUGUCUAAUAAACGAGCAGGAGUGUUUUAUUAGUAUUCUUUAUAUAAAUAAUACUAAUUAGGAGAGUUUUAUCAGGCCGGUUUCAAGCCACUGCACGUGACAUAUUAUGGUUGACAUGAUUUGCCAAUAAGCUUAUAAAUUAUUAAUGAUGUUUGAAUACCAGUUAGUUGACAAUGUAAACGACCAAAUAUUCUACAUUUUGACCAGCGUUUUGAACUUAAAUUAAAAAUUAUUGGUAGAGGCCACUAGCUUACCGACGAGAACAAUUAUUGGCAAUUCACGGCCGCCAUGCUCGAAAACACCCUUUACCUCUAGGAAUAUUGUUAAGCCUGGCACAUCACAAAAUGUUUUUAAUUCCGUUUAGAAAAAUCCAAAACGAAAUCUCGAUCAAAUGGUUGGACUUUGCAAUGUGCCAGAUUGUAUGUGAUAUCAUUAAGCAUUCUGGGCUUACUCAAUGUUAUGUUGUAACAGGAUCAAACCCAAUAAUACAUAGGCCGGCAGAUGGGGUAAGAAUUUGUACGGCGGGUCAUUAAAGUCGAUAGUACCGUGCUGGCUUGCAUAAUAUAAAGCCAUCAGCCUAUCACUGUAUAAAGCUAUCAGGCUAUCAGCCUAUCAUUCUGAACCAUUAUUCAUGUUAAAAGAUAAUCUAAUUAUUCUAGGAAGAUUGUAAGUUGCCACCUAUAGUAUUUAGACAUGCACUUCAUGAUCUUAACCCUUCGUCAGCUAGGGGACAUUCUGAGCCACUACACUCGACAAUACGAGUACAAGCUGGUUUAUUAUUAAGACUAAGAGGCAAAUUUUUUCUAUGUCGCGUAUUUCGCUAUGAAAGGUGUUCAAAACCUAAAAUAUUUUUGGCGUUCUUCUCAAAAUUACUUUGUUUUAGCUUUAUUUUGUAGUUUACACUGCAGUUAUACGUUAGCAACCUUUUUAAAUGUAUCUGGCGGUUGAGAAACACAAAAUAAUAGCUAAAUAUUGUCAAUUUAAAUACAAGUUAUCACAGAUGCUGUAAAAUUGACGCCAUAUUUAUGCAGCAAUAUAAGCAAAACUUAUUGAAC